UCUUGUGAGGAAGGCGCCCUGUCCUGUCUGUUCCGUCAUUCUAAUCUUUCCCGGCCGCUCUUCAUUCCGAAAUGGUCAAUCCGUCGGCGCUGCAGAUCCUUGGAAUUUCAGCUGUGCUCAUUUACGUGUGUGUCCUGCCAUUGGGACUGCACAAAGUCCGCGAAGGUCAUGUAGGAGUUUACUACAGAGGAGGAGCGCUGAUGAGAGCGGUCGCAGAGCCAGGUUUCCACACAAAGAUACCACUUCUCACGAGCAUGGCCGAGAUACAGGUGACUGUUCAGACGGAUGCGGUGAAGGACAUCCCUUGCGGGACAAGCGGAGGCGUGAUGGUAGAUUUCGAGAAGGUGGAGGUUGUGAACCGUCUGCGCAAGACGCACGUGCUGGACACCAUCAGGAACUACACCGUCAACUACGACACCACGUGGAUCUUCGACAAGAUACACCACGAGAUAAACCAGUUCUGCAGCAAGCACACACUGCACGAGGUGUACAUCUCGCUGUUCGACACUUUGGACGAGCACCUCGCGGCAGCGUUGCAGCUCGACUGUGAUGUGUGGGCCCCAGGCAUUGAAAUCAUCUCCGUCCGAGUGACCAAGCCGAGAAUACCAACUCAGAUUCGACAGAACUUUGAAAAGAUGGAGGCCGAGAAGACGAAGCUUUUGAUUGCGAUGGAGACACAGAGGGUGGUCGAGAAGGAGGCCGAAACGGAGCGGAAAAAGUCAACGAUAGAGGCGCAAAUGCUCUCGGACGUUUCGAGGAUCAAUAUGGACAAGGAGCUUGCGGAGAAGGACGUGCGCCGUCGGAUCUCGUCGAUCGAGGACGAGAUUCACUUGGGCCGUGAAAAAGCGUACGCUGACGCCGUCUACUACGCACACAUCAAGGAGGCCGAGUCCAAUGACCGCCUUCUCACCGACAAUUUCCUGGAGUACUCUAGGAUACUCAGCAUGGGCAACACCUCCAAGGUCUACUUCGGGGAGAAAUUGCCAGGCGUUUUUGUCGACAGCGGCCCGGGUAAUGGAUGAUUUUCUGUCACCCACCCGGGUCAAGCGGGCACGAACACCGCAGAACAAAGGAGGGACAGAACGUAGCAUGAAUCCAGCUAUGGAUCACGCGUAGCUUGUCAGGUACGGCCGCUACUGUUUUUUGCGAAACCCAAGUGGUAACGCUGCCUGCUCGUUUGUUUCGACCAGGUUGUCGAAACCGAAGCCUGCACUGCUCAAGCAUGGCACUUGCUUUUGCAAGGGAAGCGAUUUCCGCGCGCGCGCUUUGCAUUUGCUGUUUGGUGUGUGGGUUCCGCACUUGCCGGUGGUGGGGUUGUCUUCUCAGUGCCAUUCACGCGAUGUCAUCAUGUCUGUUGCCCGCGUCAGAUGUCGAGGCAACCACCGUGGUAGUUGCUUCUUUUGUCGUUGUCAUUGUCGUUCAGUCGAGAAGUGUGUGUCGAUGGUAUCGUCUUUUGUCGUGUUGGUAAGGGAUGUGAGGAUGGCAGGCAGACGUCGUCUUCUUGCUAGAUGAUUCCGUCAUGACUUGCCUAGUCAGUAGUGGUAAGUUUGAGUUCAGAGUGAAGUGGGUAAGCCCUGAAUGUCAUCAGGGUACGGGUUCUCCCCCUUCUGAAUGCGCUAGCAGUGAAUGAAGGGGACUGUGGUCUGGUAAGGCAGGGAAACGGCACGAUAGAGAUUUUUUUACAUGUCAAAAAUUGUCACCGACCUCAGGUGACAAGCAGGUAUCCGUUGUAGAACAGAUACAGGAUACGAUUGAAAGGAAGUUCAGCACAGGUUGAAGUGGAGAAUAGCAUUGCGUCUGUCGAAUGACUCUUUGAUUGCUCCAUCCCUUUGAUCUUGAAUGUAGAAGUACAUAUAUGGUGCGUUGUUGUUAUUGGCAGUGAUGUCAAUAACUACAGUCAACCGGCACCGAUGUCUACCACUGGGUUUAUUGCAGAAACUGCCAGAACGUCAUGCUCGUGUAAAGUUGCAACCGCCGAGCACAAGAUCCGUGUAGAGGUAUGUAGGACCCACGGCUGAGCUGCUCUCACUCCCUAUUCUUAUUAUCGCGUCAGCUGGUGGAUGAUUUCACGUAGUAGCGGGCCCACUGUGUAAUUUUAACGAGAAACGGUGAUGUCAUCAUGGCCAUAUGCAC